AUGAGUAGCGAAUUCUUGGCGGAGCUGCACUGGGACGAUGGGUUUGCUAUCCCGGUGGCAAACGAGGAGAACAAGAUACUGGAAGAUCAGUUGUCAAAGAUGCAGGAGGAAAGGUCAAGCUUGCAAGAUCAGCUACGUGACUAUGAAGAUAGAAUUAAUGCUAUGACUUCUCACUUCAAAAAUGUUAAGCAAGAAUUUUCAUUUACACAGUCUCUUUGUAAAGCCAGGGAGCAUGAGAUUGAAAGUGAAGAGCAUUUUAGGAUCAUUGCUGAAAGAGAACUGGGACGAGUGAAGGAUGAAAUCCAACGACUGGAAAAUGAAAUGGCUUCAAUACAGGAAAAGAAAAGUGAUAAGGAAAAUAACAUAUUUAAAACUACUCAAAAAUUGGAUGGUUUAAAAUGUCAAAUGAACUGGGACCGGCAAGCAUUGGAAGCCUGGUUAGAAGAAUCAGCUCGUAAAGAUAGUGAUGCCCUCACUCUUCAGAAGUAUGCACAACAAGAUGAUAGUAAAAUUAGGGCACUGACCCUGCAAUUAGAAAGACUGACUUUGGAAUGUAAUCAGAGAAGAAAGGUACUUGACAACGAACUUACGGAGACUCUAAGUGCACAGUUAGAAUUGGAUAAAGCAGCACAAGAUUUUCGUAAGAUUCAUAAUGAAAGACAAGAACUCAUUAAACAGUGGGAGAACACAAUAGAGCAGAUGCAGAAGAGAGAUCGAGACAUUGAUAACGGUGCCUUGGCAUUAGCAAGGAUAAAGCAGGAAAUAAGAGAAAAAGAAAAUUUGGUUAAAGAAAAGAUCAAGUUUUUGGAAAGUGAGAUUGGGAAUAAUACAGAGUAUGAGAAAAAAAUUUCUGUUGCUGCUCGUAAACUUUUAAAAUGUAGAACGGAGUAUCAGCAUCAUGAAAAUAACAGAAAUCAGCUGAAAGAUGAGCUGGAUUCUUUAAAAGCCACUGUGAAUAGAAGUUCCAGUGAUUUAGAAGCUAUAAGGAAAAAUAUUUCCAAAAUAAAGAAGGACAUUCAUGAAGAAACAGCAAGGUUACAGAAAAUUAAAAAUCAUAACCAGAUUGUAAGAAAAAAAUUAAAGCAGAUAACUGAGAAAACAAUGUCUGUAGAAGAGAGAGCUACCAAUUUGGAAGAUACGCUAAGGGAGGAGGAAAAAAGUGUAAAGGAAGUGGAAGUUCAAUUGAACAUAGUGAAAGAUGUGCUGUUUAAGAAAGUUCAGGAAUUACAGACUGAGACAAUGAAAGAAAAAGCUGUUGUAUCAGAAAUUGAAGGAACUCGUUCCUCCCUAAAGCACCUCAACCAUCAGUUACAUAAACUGGAUUUUGAAACCUUGAAGCAGCAAGAAAUUAUGUACAGUCAGGAUUUUUACAUUCAACAAGUGGAACGCCGAAUGUCACGGUUAAAAGGAGAAAUUAAUUCAGAAGAAAAACAAGCCCUGGAAACAAAAAUUGUUGAACUUAAAAAGACAUUGGAAGAGAAAAAAUCUACAUUUGGCCUUUUGGAAACACAGAUCAAGAAGCUUCAUAAUGAUCUUUAUUUUAUCAAGAAGUCAAACAGUAAAAAUUGUGAUGAAAAACAGCUCCUCAUGACCAAAAUAAAUGAACUAAAUCUUUUCAAUGACAGAUCAGAGAAAGAACUUAAUAAAACCAAAGCUUUGAAACAGGAUUUGAUGAUAGAAGACAAUCUUUUAAAACUUGAAGUUAAACGUACUAGAGAAAUGCUUCACAGUAAGGCAGAAGAAGUACUUUCUCUGGAAAAAAGAAAACAGCAAUUACACACAGCUAUGGAAGAACGAAUCGAAGAAAUUAAAGUUCACAAAACAAUGCUUGCAUCACAAAUAAGAUAUGUUGAGCAAGAACGGCAGAACAUAAGUGCUGAGUUUCAUGAGAGGCUAAGUAAAAUUGAUAAGCUGAAGAAUAGAUAUGAAAUUCUUACUGUUGUAAUGCUGCCUCCUGAAGGAGAAGAGGAGAAAACCCAGGCCUAUUAUGUGAUAAAGGCUGCUCAAGAAAAAGAAGAACUUCAAAGGGAAGGUGACAGUUUGGAUGCUAAGAUCAACAAAGCUGAAAAAGAAAUCUAUGCUCUAGAAAACACCUUGCAAGUGCUGAGAAGUUGCAACAACAAUUAUAAACAAUCUUUUAAAAAAGUGACUCCAUCCAGUGAUGAGUAUGAACAAAAAAUCCAACUAGAAGAACAAAAAAGAGCUAUUGAUGAAAAAUACAGAUACAAACAAAGACAAAUCAGGGAACUACAGGAAGAUAUCCAGAGCAUGGAAAAUACUUUAGAAGUUAUAGAACAUUUAACAAAUAAUGUCAAAGAAAAAUUAUCAGAGAAGCAGGCUUAUUCAUCUCAACUAAAUAGAGAAACUGAGGAGCAGAAGCCAAAAUUAGAGAGAGCAAUUAAACAGUGUGCAAAACUCACCAAGGAAAUCCGACUUUUGAAAGACACAAAAGAUGAAACACUAGAAGAACAAGAUAUCAAACUUCGUGAAGUGAAACAUUUCCACAAGAUCAUUGAUGAAAUGCUAGUUGAUGUCACAGAAGAAAACGCUGAGAUCCGUAUUAUCCUUCAAACAUACUUUCAACAGAAUGGUUUAGAACUACCUACAGCUGGUACAAAAGGCAGUCGCCAGAGUUCUAGAUCUGCUUCACAGACUUCACUGUUAUCAACAAGGUCAUCCAGAAGUUCCACAAGUACUGCCUCUCAGACUUCAAUUAAAGUAUUAGAGCUGAACUUCCCAGCCUCCUCUUCAGGGCCUGGCAAUAUUUCUAGGCCACCAAGUGCGACCAGUAGCUCCAGUAAUGGUAAAAACAAAAAGGAAAUAGCCAGCAAAUGGUAUAGCCAAGUCCAAUGA